AUGCGACUUCCGUCUCCCAAACUCUUGAAACGGUUCAGUAAGAAAGUGAAGGACGAGCGGGAGCGGUGGCUUAUCGGAGUUUGGUUCGAUCAUUGCCACGUGAUCAACGCCCUCGUUCCUCCUCCACCAUCACCUUCACCGCCGUCCAAGACCAGCGCCUUCGACAUUGCUGCUGGCAUCGAGCCCCCCCGCCGUCUCACACUUCCUGUACCAUUGAGACCCUGGUCCAGCAGCGCGUCAAUCGACAGCUACAGCUUAGCUUCGCCCUCGAACUCGCAGUGGUUUCCUACCGACACCGACACCGAAAUCUACCUCUCAGCCGACUCUGCACGCGAAAUGGAAGCCCCAAUGGACGCGGAAAUGCCUACUAGCCCCCCUAGAGUCUAUGUCGAACCGCCGGUACCAGAUCCCUUCCUUGUUGACGACCCAGAGGAUCCUAUGUCUGAAGAGGAAAACGAAGCUAGCUCUGCUUCAGAAUCAUCCCAGGUCUUUACCACCAUGCGAUCAGAAGAAACACUCGUCAAAUCCCCUCACUCGGAACCAGACAAACACCUACCGCCGCCGCCGCCUCAACCGGAAGAAGUCGAAGAUCAGGAAGAAGCCCCUACAAUAAGUUUACCUGCGCUGAUACUCCCUACAAUGUUCCUUCCUAUCCCUAAUACUAGUCCGUUGACUACCCUCCUCAACAAAUACAUUCCUCCGGGGGAGAGGCCAGUGCGUGACUUGACCGGUGAGUGGCAGCGCAGUGACUUCCAUACGUUGGUCAUGACGAACAGCUGGCGAGCCUUGGCUCGAAUGGCCCGAGACCGUAUGGUCAAUACUGAUCCGGAAGAGAUAGCCCUCAUCCUAUCACUCUGGUACAUCCGCCUCGCUAGUCUCGCCCGAUUGCGCUUGUUCAAUCAAACGUCCGCGGAGUGCACUAAUUUAUUCUCGGUUCUCAAUGCGAUCGAGCCGCCCUCAAUACGCAAGUAUGUCUUUGAGCGCAUUCUACCAUUCGAGCUGGAGGUCAUGCAAGCUCGCUUGAAAUACUGGACUGGCGACCAUAUGGCUUACCUCGACGCUCUGAAUGUGCUCCUCCAAAAAUGUCGCAUCAGUGCUAAGGGCGCUAAGGACGAAGUUACCGUGUCGAUGUGGAAGGAACGUGGCGCUCGUAUGUGCCUUAUCAUCGCUUCGCAGUUGGUUGAGAUGAAGGACUUUGCGGCGGCUACAAAGCUGCUGGAGCCAUUAUGUCUUCAAGAGGAUUCCAACACGUCUAGUCCUGCGCUGAGGUCAUCAAUUGCACGAAUCUAUCUCCAAGCGGGGUACGUCCAAAUGGCUGCGAAGCAUUUUGACAUGGUGGAAAAGGACCCGACGGCCGAGUCAGCGCUGAAGGAUAUGAACAAGGCUCUUCUUGCAUCGGCCAACGGCGAAUGGGAGGCUGCGUCGAACGCUCUGAAGAAAGCUCUGUCGGGAGAUAAAGAGAAUUUUGCCGCGGUGAACAAUUUAGCUGUAGCUCUGCUAAGCCAAGGCAAGCUCAAGGAGGGCAUUGAUGUGCUUGAGACCGCUAUGAAGGCUUCGCCGUCAGCCGUAGUUGUUGCCGAACCUUUCCUUUUCAACUUAUCGACCCUCUAUGAACUUCGUUCCGGUAACGCCUUAGACAAGAAGCGGGAGCUCCUCCUCGAGGUCGCGAAAUGGAGUGGCGAUGGACUCAAGACGGCAUGCUUGAAGAUGCCAACAAGCUAG